AUGUCACAAAAUGUCACAGAAUCUCAACAAUUGAGAAUGCAAUCUCCCCUUACUAAUACCACACAUUACUUAACCAAGAUAUUAGAAUUUUUAAAUUUUACAAUUUUUAGGUAAGGGAAGAUAUAGUAAUGUUCAUUUGGCUCUAGAUGAAUCUACAAAUUAUCAUGUAGCCUUAAAAAUCAUAAAGUAGACUUAAAUUUAGAAAUGUCAUAAUCCAUAGACCAAGAAAUAAAAAUAUAAUAUUUACUUAAUCAUCCAGGCAUAGUCAAAUUAUGUACUUUUCUUUAAAAUAGAAAUGUAAUUUAAUUAAAAUUUAGCUGAUGAAAUAGUUUUAGUAUUGGAAUAUUUUCCAAAUGGUUAAAUACAUAAAAUCCUGAAAGGUAUACCAGAAUAUAGUUUCCCAGAAAAAUUGGCAUCUUCAUAUAUUCUAUAGAUUAUAUGUGCUUUGAUCUAUUCACACAGAAAUGGUAUAAUUCUUAGAGACUUAAAGCCAGAGAAUAUAUUUUUAUGUUAUGUAUCUAUUUUAAUAUUUGUUUUAGAAUCAAAUAAAAAUAGCUGAUUUUACAUAUUCAGUUUCUUCUGCUAAGGAUCAGAGACAAACUUAAUGUGGAUCUUUGGCAUAUUUAUCUCCAGAGAUAGUUCGAGGAGAGAACUAUGAUAAAAGUACUGAUAUGUGGUCUCUUGGAGUGUUAGCUUAUGAAUUGUGUUGUGGCGAAACUCCAUGGGAAGAUCUCAGAUAAGAUGAAAUACAAUAAAUGAUAUAAGAUGGAAUCAUAAAAAUGCCUGAUUCUUUCUCUUGUGAAUUAAAAGAUUUCAUUAGUAAAUUAGUUACAUAUGAUUCAAAAAGUAGAAUGGCAGCAAAGAAAGCCAUUAGUCAUCCUUGA